AUGCGACUAUUUCUCGUUUUUACUCUAGCACUUCUUGAACUAACAGAUGGCCAACUCUCGGCAAUGUUCGGGAAUCCGAUUCAAGCGCCGAAUUGUGAAACCUGGAGCGCAUGGGGACCGUGCGUUUGGCUUAAAGGCAAAGAAGCAAACUCUCGCUGGAAUCGGCCCUACUUUGAUCAGCUGCUCCCAGGGCGACAAGGUUGCAGAAAUCAUGUUUUUUUCAGAUUGUUGAAAGAUCGUUGGGGGGUGGCUUUUGAAAACUUUUAUAAUUACCUGCGAGAGAUGACGAUGUCUGAAGAGCAAUGUGGACAGUGCUCGUAUCAACAAAGUUGUGGUCGUUCUUGUCAUAGAAGAGGUGAUGUUGGAAUGAUCAAUCCAUUGUUUGUUGCCGAGAGGCGAUGUAUGGAUGCGGAUCAGCGAUCAGCUUGUAUGAGCAGAUACAUGCCCGAUUGCCGUUUGUGGCCAAACAAGAACAUCCAGUUGCCGAAUGUCACCUCCUCGAUGCAAGAGAUCAUCGAUCAUCUCGAUUACCUGACCUGUGUACCUGAGCAACGACCCGAUGGCCCUGUAUGCCGUUGCUGUUGCCAUCCCUACACUCCCGAUCCGGUGACUUUCGAGUGUGAGCUGAAACCCUUCAUCGAUCAAACUGUUUUUGGC